UCCCCCACAAGAACACAUAUUCAGUCAUGUUUGGGAGCUUGGUCGUACCGUCGUGCAACGAUGGCUACCCAAAUGGUUGGCUAAGCGAUCAUGGCUCGUCCUAGACUACGGCCUAAGGUAGGGAUUAAGCAUCACAUGUUGCACCAUUUCGUUCUCACGAGCUUGUGGACCGUACGAUCACAAUCGCUUCGGCGACGGCAGCAGCGAUGUGUUCCUUCUCGAGGCUACGCCCUAUACAUUUGUUCCUCGACUGGGAUGGCACCCUUACUGUGAAGGAUACGAUGAGCCUCCUGGCAAAGCUGCCAGAAGCAAGAGACCGCCGGCUUGAGAGAAUGCCUGGGCCACAUCCAAGCCGUCUUACUGUCAACAAGCAACAAGUUUGGAAAGACUUUACAGAGGCUUACAUGAAUGAUUACAAGAACCACAAGGCCUCCUGUUUCCCGGGCAGCGAUUGUACGGGCAAUGAAUAUUCCAGCUGGCUUAACAGUCUGCUUCCCAUUGAAUAUGCGAGCGCUCAGCGAGUCACAAAUUCAGGCUUCUUCCAGGCUGUUCGGACUGAAGACCUAGUUGCAGUGGUCUCGAGUGCUCUUGAGACGGGUGAACUGCAGCUGCGAAAGGGCUGGGAAGCCAUCUUCGAGCUCUACAGUCGUACACACGCUUCUACGCCACCGAGUUCUCAUGUAUCAAUUGUCAGCGUAAACUGGAGUGAGACGUUAAUACGUUCGUCUCUCGACAUCGCAUCCUCACGUGGCAAAUUCACAUCGCAGCUUAUGAGAGCACGUGUCCAAGCUCUCACCAACCACAUAACCAUUAGCACCAAUGAGAUACACGGUCUCAAUUCGCCUGAUGGUAGCUCAGGCCGACUCACCAGCAAUGUUCGUACGUCGGGGGAGAAGUUGGCUCGCAUGGUGGAGAUUCUGCGUGAUGCAGGCAGAAGGAGUACCAGAUCGGCAAUAGGUGAUUCGCCGUCUCCUCCUUUGGUAGUAUACGUCGGCGACUCCGCAACAGACUACGAGUGCUUGAUGCGCGCUGAUGUAGGGAUCUGGGUCUGCGACUGCCCCGACGUGGAGCGUAACGCUCGCUUCAAGGCUACCUUUCACCCACUUAACGUGGCAUCUAUUACCAAAUUAUCUCCUGCUACCUGCCAUGGAACGGAGAAUUGGGCGUGGUGUUACUGGGCACCCGACCUCGAGGCAGUGGCGGAAUGGCUGGCAAGCAUGACGAAUGCAGCUUUUUAUACCAACCCGGACAAUCGAAAAGUACAAAAUAAUUGACAGUUCUGGUACGUGCCUGGCUUGAUACAAUACACGUCUCGUACAAUCCGAGGACAACUACACCCUUUUCACCAGCAUAACACCUCAUCGAUUGCUCAAAGAAUUGCCACAAGCGCCAAACCAGCUCCAACUACACCUCCGGCAAUUAUCGGCACCGCCGUCUGUACAGCACCCGCACUGGAAGUCCCUGAAGAAGCUGCAGAAGUCGCGGAAGCUGCAGCACCGGACGACGUCGAACUCGCGCGACUU